AUGAGGUGGAGGGCUAAGACAGAGUCCUAUUUUCUCUCCUUCGUUUUCUCUCAUCUCAAAAUUUUGGGAUUUCAGUUGGAAAGGAAACGAUGUCCACUUUAUAGCACCCAGAGUGACAAAGUACUUAGCCUAAGUUUCCACCCAACAAGGCCAUGGAUUCUCGCCGGUUUGGCCAGUGGCGAGUUCAAGAUCUUCGAUUAUCUUCGGGAGAACCUCAUCCACAGUUUAGGUGCACAUGAGGGAGCUGUUCUUGGAGUUGAUUUCCACAGUUCAGAGGCAAUUUUUGUCACUGGAGGGGAAGACAAGGUGAUUUAUGGCUGGAACUAUGAAACCAAGACUUGCAUAUUCAGUCUAAAGAGACAUACAUGUGCCGUCACCGUGGUGUUCAAGAGUCCCCCCCCCCCCCCCCCCCCCCCCCCCUCCCCAUGGAUUCUCAGUGCCAGUGAUGAUUCUACUGUCUGCUUGUGGAACUGGGAGACACAAACUUGUGUUUAUGCUUGGAGAGUUGGCAACCGCCCAAUCAGGUGUGCUUCCUUCGUUUUUGGAGGUGGCGGUUUGUUUAGAGCUGGAAGAGAUGGUAUGUUAACAGCCGCUGAGGAUGAUGCUAUCAGGGUUUUGGAUGUUGGAUGUCCUGCUUAUGGCCCAUUGACUGUUCAACUUGAAAGGUUUUUCCACGGUGGUCACGGCACAGUAAAUUGGGCUUCUAUCCAUCGCAAUCAGAAUCUUAUUGUUUCUGGUUCUAAGGACCAAGUUCACUUGUGGAACUCUAGGGGUAAGCAUUCAUAAGUGUUUCCCUUCACUCUAGAAUGUAAUAUAAUGUUGUCAUGUGUUUGUUAUUGCUGGUGUGAUGGAGAGACUGGUAGGACAUACCGAUGAUGUUUCAUCUGUUGUUUUCCACCCUACAAAAGAUGAUAUCAUUGUGUCUGCUUCCAACGACAAAACCCUUCGCGUGUGGGAUACUAAGAGUCGAGCACAACUUCACACUUUCCACAGCAACAAUGGUGAUAGAUUCUGGAGUCUAGCUGCUCACCCACAUAAAAGUUUACUGGCCGCAUGAUAUGAUAGUGGUCUGAUGGUGUUCAAAGUUUAGAGAGAGCGUCCUGCAUUUUCGUUGGGUGGUGAUUCAUUAAUCUUCAUCAAAGAUAACUUCUUGUGGUCAUAUGAAUUCUCAACGAACGAAGAGUGGAAAGUUAUCCCUAUACGACGUCAUGCUGUUUUGAACCAGAGUGACAAAGUCCUUAGCCUCAAUUUUAACUUACAUUAACCCUUGAUUCUCACUGGUGUGGCCAAGAUCAACCAUUGGUAUCCAAUUUGGUAUAGAAAAACUAAUUACGAAUAAAUAAUAUGAAAUGAAUGUUGCAAGUCUGAAAAAGAAAAUGUGUUUUUUUAUUUGAAUAAAUGAGUAAUGAAUCUCCCACAUUUGUAUAAAUGUGAAUAUCUAGAUAAUUUUAGUUGGGCUAUGACAUGUGAUGUAAAUACCAGUUUAUGGUUGUGCAA